AUGAGUGCAAGUCUCAGACGACACUGUGUGGCGUCCCUCAAAUCCAAAUCGAUGGGUCUCGAGCUUCUAUUCUCACUGUUUCUUUCAUGAUUUAUGGACACUCGUGGAUCGAUGGAUUACACAGCAAUUGACAAAAGUAUAGAAUAUUAAAGUGUUCUAGUUUAUGUCUGACUUAACUACAAUGUCUUUCUAAAAUACUGCUGCUGACAGAGGUCACUAAAGGAGUUCUGAAAGGACGUAAAGGUGAACCUCAUCAUCUGCUGGACUGUACCGGUAGCCUACCGUCACGGACAAUGUUCUCGGCAACGGGGAAGCGGUGUUUUACCAUUGAGUCUUUGGUGGCGAAGGAAAACCCCUUAACACCUGAAGACCCCAUUCGCCCUACCGCCCUGAGCUACUCGGCGCCUGCUGACAGUUUUCUUAACGGGUAUCAAAGCCCCGCAGGCCGCGCGCUCUAUCCAAACCCCGAGCUGGUGUUUUCGGAGACUGUGAACCAUGCACCUCUGAGCAUGCACCCACACCCGCUCGGCAGCACACACCUCCAGCACCCGCACUUCUUUGGCACGCAGCACCGCGAGCCACUGAAUUUCUACCCGUGGGUCUUAAGGAACAGGUUUUUUGGCCAUCGGUUUCAAGGGAACGAUGUCUCACAGGACACGCUGUUACUACACGGACCGUUCGCGAGGAAGCCCAAACGGAUCCGCACCGCGUUCUCGCCCUCUCAGCUGCUGCGCCUGGAGCGAGCCUUCGAGAAGAACCAUUAUGUUGUCGGAGCCGAACGGAAACAGCUCGCUAACAGCCUCAGUCUAUCUGAGACUCAGGUGAAGGUUUGGUUUCAGAACCGCAGGACCAAGUAUAAGCGACAGAAGCUGGAGGAAGAGGGCCCAGAGUGCACACAGAAGAAGAAGGGAAACCACCACAUUAACCGCUGGAGGAUUGCCACCAAACAGACCGGAUCUGAGGACAUAGAUGUCAUGUCGGAUGCCUAAGACCAACCUAAACACUGCCCAAAUGAACACACAAGACCAAGAAAAGCACUAUUUAUUUAAUGUUAUUAGUCAUGAUAUUUCAGAUUCUAAACCUAACUGCAGAGGACCUGGCCACGUGAGUGUGGUAAAUGUGAGUUAAGGAUGAAUUAAACCAGUCAGAAAGUAAUCUACACGCAGGACUGAACACUAUAGUUAUUUUACCUCUGCUGGAAUUAUCCAAUGUUUGACACAUGCCUCACCUGUAAGAAGAAAUCAUCUUAUAUAACGACGAUGUCUUUUUCGCGCUCUUUUUUUUUUAAGAAAUUGUAUUUAAAACUAACAAUUAAGUUAAUUUUCACAAGUCGAUAUUUUUAAUUCUGAUUAUUUUGUUGUUUCUCUGCAUAGUCAGUUAGUAAAAUUAGUUUUAAUGGAUAUUUUUUAAGUUAAAAAAUUAUGUUGGCUAAAAUCCAAAAUUUAUCCAAACAAAAAUGUUUCAAAUGCUUUAAAUGGUUGGUUCACCCAAGAAUGAAAUGUCCUUAUUUACUUACUCUAAUGUCGUUCCACACCCGUAAGACCUUCAUUCAUCUGC